AUGGCCAACGCUACAAAUGCUGAACCGGACUCUGAGGAUGAGGCAUGUCCUUCGGGUGUUGUUGAAGUGGCUUCUGAUGAUGACGAAGUUCCUUCGGGCCUGAUUCCUGGGACCGUAGGUGGAGCUGCUUACAUGAACGUUGGAGCCAAUGGACAGACUGUCGAUGCCAUUAAUACAAUUGAGAUCGUUACAGUGGAUGGGAAACAUCAAAUUUUGUACAGAAGUGAUCUCGCCUUUGGGUACCGCAUGUCACCCUUUCAAGCGAUGCAAGAUUUGGCAGCAAUUGUGGCUCUAACAUUUCGUCUGUUGCCUUCAAUAUCAGCAAAGGAGCGUCAACAAGCAUACUUGAGAAGGAGGCGAUGGUCUCAGCUUGUGCGGGAACGAACUGCUGGAUCGGUGUUCAGAAAUCCUUUUGGCAUGGGAGUUUUAGUAGGGGAGCUUUUUGAGAACGCUGGACUGAAAGGUUUCAGAGUUGGCAGUGCUGAGGUUUCCAAAGUUCAUGCUAACUUCUUCAUCAAUACCGGCAGCUCAAAUUCCCGAGAGAUGCUUGAACUCAUUGACUUGUGA